AACUGUGCGCUCAGUAAACUGGAAGUAUACAAUGUGACAUACAAUGACUGCACUGCCUAUCCAUGGACUAUCUGCCGCUGUGCUGAUGCACAGCUCAGCGUGGACCAGAUGCGAAACGCCAUUGGCCGUGUCCCGCCAGGUGCUCGGAGCAAUGUUGUGCAUUAUUUUGUUGUGUCUGGGGAUAAACCUGAUGGUACAAUUAGCACAAGUGCCGGAAGCUCGAAUGAUAGGGUUCUACUUCGCGGCAGCCUUCACGAUGCCGUGUUUAUGCAUGAGACCAUGCACAGCGUCGACAAAUUCUCCUCCAAGCAACCCUUCACUGACGCCUACAACGCCGACUCGUGCGUCCCCGACGCAUACUCUAAUGCCAGCCCCGCCGAGGACUUUGCGCAAUUG